AUGAUAAAUAGGGUGUCAAUAAAAAUCCGGAACACUGCCGAGAAAUAUGUGUCUGGGGGAGUGGUAAAACAGAUCUCUUUUGGGAUCUCCCUUUUAUCAUGUUUACUCCUUGGCUCCGUGUUAAUCUUCUCUUUGGUGGCGGAGAACUUAAUCCUUGAGUUGGACUUUAAAAUCUUCCACGUUAACUUGAUAAGCUCCUUUACCGUUAUUGGCAUGUACUUAUGUUUACCGAUCUUAGGGUAUCUCUCUGAUGUUUAUGGGAACAACUUACUUUCAUUCAUCGCCAUUUUCACGUUGGUACCAAGCUAUAUUCUCAACUACUUUGCUGUAUUUCAGUUUUCCAAUAAACUUGCCUGGUUUUGCUUCACAUACUGCUUGAUUGGUCUUGGAACUUCUUCCUUGUACUUCCUGAGUUUGCUCACAUGUUCCAAGAUUUACCCUGAAAAAAAAGGAUUGUCAAUAUCGUUACCCGUGACCAGUUACGGGGUUUCAGCAUUAAUAUCCACUCAGAUCUUGAAACUUUCAUAUUUUCAACAAAAUCACCACCUUGACUUACUUCGUGUCUUUAAGUUUUUUGCCAUUCUCUACUUGGUAAUGGGUGUGCUAAACUUUAUGGCCACAUCUAUAAUCAUCGAACGUACACAUAAGAUUGAUGAAAAUACUGAAUUAAUUCCGAUAAGCUCAAUUGAACCACCCAGUCACAAAGCCAAGUUUAUUAGGUUUCUCAAGAGUCCGCUGAUGUACAUUUUGUUGGGGUCAUUGUUUUUGAAUCUUGGUCCUUUGGAAACAUAUCAGAAUAACUUGAACUCUAUUGCAUGGGAAAUAAAUAGGAAAGGAUCAGGGUCGAUUGAUUUAAACUCCCAAAUUAUACUACUUUCCAUAUUCUCAACCAUUACCCGACUUGUUGUGGGAGUUAUGUCCGAUCACAUGAAUAAAAGAGAUAUCUUGAUCGGACUUUUGGCACUUGGCCUGAUUAACCAAGCCAUUUCCUGGAUGAAGUUAACUCCUGAUACAAUGAAUUUCAUUACCGUGAUAGACGGUAUUACGUAUGGGGGGGUGUUUACAAUAUACCCUACAAUUAUUGCCGAGAUAUGGGGUAUCGAGAUGUUAGGGUCGACAUGGGGACUAUUCAUGAUAGCACCGGCUAUUUCUACUAGUUUGUUUUCGUUGGUCUAUGGGUCGCUUCUCGAUAACUUCGGUGAUUUAGUGGUCUACUUUAAAAUCUGCUUCUUCAGCUUUGUUACCAGCACGGCAUUGGUGGUGUGUAUUCGGAACGUCAAGCCCGUUGGACACCAUAUAGCACUUUAG